AUGAAUGCUGGCGCGUUCCUUUCCGCUCCGCCUUCCUGAUCACUUCCUCUCCCCACGUGUUGUGGGAGGCGCAAGUCCCAGUGUCCCAACCAGGACAUUGGGGGGAGUUCCAGCAAACAGUCCCUGUUCUCAACCGGGGCCCUCAGCUCUCCACGCUCCGAGGCGCGCUCUACGGACAACCGCUUUUGUAUAAGCAUCGACUCAGUAACAGGUCCCCGUCGGUGUUCCCCUCCCCGCCUCAGGGAACCUCCGUGUUGAUUUGGCAUCUUCUAUGAGGCCCAUUCUCCUCAUUCACCACAACCAAAACGGAAUUAGGAUCCAGCACUCUGCCCAGGAAACUGCAAAGCAACCCGCUCCAUCCUGCGAGCAAGAUGCUCAACCUUUCCAUUCUCUCGACAGUGCCCAAGGAGGCGCUCAACUGGCGCUUCUUCCUCGCAAUUAUCGCCAUCGGCAUCCUCGGGGCCGCACGCGGCCUUGAUGAGGGCAUCAUCAGCUCGCAGACGUCGCAGAAGGCGUUCAUCAACUCGUACGGGGUCCGCCCGGGUAGCGACAUGCAGUCCAACAUCACAUCCAUGGUCCAGAUCGCCUCUGUUGCCGGUUCUAUCCUUGCGUGGUGGACGAGCGACAAGCUCGGCCGUAUUCGCUCCGCUCAGAUCCACUGCCUUCUCUGGAUCAUCGGCACGACCGUCUGGAUUACGUCCAAGGGCAACGUCGGCCAGCUGCUCGCCGGCCGCUUCAUUGUCGGUCUCGGCGUCGGUGGCACUGUGGUCUGUGCGCCAACUUACCUGGCUGAGGUCGCCCCCAAAUCACUCCGUGGAGCUGUCGUCGGUGUCUUUUCUGGCACCGUCUAUGUCGGAAUUCUUCUGGGCUAUUGUGCCAACCUCGGCGUGACGCGCAACAUUGACCCCGAGUCGUACGCUCGUGUGCAGAUCCCCACCUCGCUCAACUUAAUAUUUGCCGCCAUCCCGCUCUUCAUGUCGCCUCUCAUCCGCGAGUCGCCGCGCUGGCUCCUCAAGUCGGGCCAAGAAGAGCAGGCGAUCAAGAACAUGUGCUGGCUCCGCCAGCUGCGCGAAGAGCAUCCGUACGUCCGCCAGGAGCUCGACGGGAUGCGUGAGGCGCUCCGUGUCGAGAAGGAGGCUAAGGGCCCCACGUGGCGUUGGUACCAUGCUUGGAAGGACAUGUUCACUUCCAGGGAGAAUCUCUAUAUCCUCAUGCUCGUCUGUGGCGCUCAGGUCUUUGGUCAAUUCUCUGGUGGCGGAAGCAUUACCAUUUAUGCACCCACGUUGUUUCAAAUUGUCUCGGGGUCGUCAACAAACUCAUCCAUCUUCACAACGGCGAUUUUCGGCGUGAUCAAGCUGGUCGCCUCCUUGCUCGCCGGCCUGUUCAUCUUGGACAUGUUCGGACGCAAGCGAGCUGCGCUGUUCGGGAUCACACUGCAGAUCAUCGCAGGCAUGUACAUUGCCGUGUACCUACACAUCUACCCUCCUCCGGCGACUGGCACCAAGAUCAUCGCGUCCGCUGGCGAGAAGCGCGCGAGUGAGGCUGCUAUUGCCAUGAUAUUUGUCUCUGGUAUUGGCUGGGCGUGUGGCUUCAACAGCAUCCAGUACCUCCUCGCAUCGGAGCUAUACCCGACCACCGUCCGUUCGCUCGGCACGAUGCUUGCGAUGGCUACGCACUUCCUCAUGCAGUACGGCUCGUCGCGCUCCGUGAACCCGAUGCUUGAGACGUUCAAGCCGUCCGGGACGUUCUUCUUCUGGGCCGCCGAGGCCGCGCUCUGCCUUUUCCUCGUCUGGUUCUUCCUACCCGAGUCCGCGGGUCGGUCAUUGGAGGACAUGCAGGAGCUGUUCAACAAGCCUUGGUACAGGAUCGGCUGGACGAGUAACGCACCCCAUUGCGGUAGGGCGCUCGACGAGUUCGAACCUUCCGAGUUCGAGUACAACUCUACCCCUCAAGCACGCAUACAACGAGAAAACGCUGCCGAGAAAGACGAGAAGGACCUCAACGUGGUUUAAGGGCGUGCAUUUGGAUAUGUAUCAUAGAAGGAGGUCUCGCCGUGGUAUGAUCACUCAGACCAUCGCAAUUCGUCUUUCUGCAAUCGUCAUGUACUACCAUAGCGAGACAUUCGAUCUACGCCAUACGAACUUUCAUAU